AUGGCGGAUUCAACUGGAGAAGACAAGCCAACCCACCUGGCAACGACUGUUUCUUUCGGUAAGGGUGAGGAAGGAAAUGAAGGUAUUUAUGGGACCUGUAAGGGUAGCACGGAAAUAGAACACAAGGACACUAAUGUCGGCAACAUGGGCUCACAAGUAGCUGGUGCAGGCGGCACACUCGCGUUAAAAGAAGCGGUUAGAAGACGCAUACUCGCGUCAAAAGCAGCGGUUAGAGGCGGCCCAUUCUCGUCACAAUCAGCGGUUAUAAGCGACCUACUCGCGUCAAAAGCAGCGGUUAUAAGCGAACUACUCGCGUCAAAAGCAGCGGUUAUAAGCGAACUACUCGCGUCACAAGAAGCGGUUAUAAGCGACCUAUUCGCGUCAAAAGCAGCGGUUAGAGGCGGCCCAUUCUCGUCACGAUACGCGUGUAUGAUGAACAUAAUGGCGUCAAAAGACGCGUGUAUGAGUAACAUAAUGGCGUCAAUAGACGCGUGUAUGAGUAACAUAAUGGCGUCAAAAGACGCGUGUAUGAGGGACAUAAUGGCGUCAAAAGACGCGUGUAUGAGUAACAUAAUGGCGUCAAAAGACGCGUGUAUGAGGGACAUGCUCGCGUCAAAAGACGCGUGUAUGAGAGACCUACUGUCGUCAAAAGACGCAUGUGUGAGAGACAUGCUAGCGUCAAAGGACGCGUAUGAAGGCCGCCCGUUUUCGUCACGAGCAGCUGUUACAGGCGACAUACUCGAGUCAAAAGAAGCGGUUAAAAGCGACAUACACGCGUCAAAAGGAGCGGUUAUAAGAGACAUAUUCGCAUCAGAAGAAGCUGGUAGAGGUGGCGGAAAAGAUGAUUCAGAAGCAGGAUAUAAGGGUGUACGUUGUAAGGCUUUGCGUAAAAUCCGGAAGCUUAUAAAGAAACGUUACCGUUUUCGUAGUGAGUAUGACCGCAACUCUAGCAGCACUUCUGAGAGUCGCGAACGUGACAAAAACGACAAUGCGCGUGAAGACGUGGAACAUAGAUCAAACGACACGUUUAGUGCUGGCAGUGAGGAUGGUACAGAGGAUCUUCCGCCUGAAGACCAUAAUUCUGAGAGUGAAGGAGGCUUGUAA